CUCGUCACACAUCCUCCUCCUCCUCCUCCUUCCUUCCUUCCUUCGUUAUCCUCUCCUCCCCCUUUUUUUUUAAUAAACAAAUACCUCUGUUUCUCUUAUCUCCAACCUUGGAUCUAUGUGUGUAUGUUCAUUCUUCCUUGUAACUUGUUUGUUUUCUGCAUGUUAAUUUUUUCUUGAUUAUAUCUAAUUAAAACAAAGGUUUUUGUUUUAUGAAAUUAGUUGGGCACAGAGCCAUUAAUUCGUAAGCUGGAUUUCUACUUUUCUUCUAUUCCUUAGUCAGACAUUUAUAAAAACCUACACAGUAUGUAAUUUGAAAUUCCUUCUUCUUUUAAUCUCAAAAAAACAAAACAAAAAAAGCCUAAUUAUGUUGUAGUACUCUUUCCUAGUUGUCCGCUUUAAUCCAAAAAAAGAUUUUGUUGUUUUUAUAUAAGAAAAAAAAAGAGGAAAGUAUUUAGAAAAGGAUAAUGGCGGAAUCCGCGCCUGGUACUCCAGAGGCAUCGGCACCGGCGACCCCUGGAACGCCGGGUGGCCCGCUGUUCUCUGCGCAGCGUGUGGACUCUCUGUCCUAUGAUCGCAAGUCAAUGCCGCGAAACAAGUGUUUGCCGAUUAUCGCCCCGACCUGGGGUGAAUCUCCCACGUGCUUCGCUGAUAUUCCGGCUGCUAAAGUUUCCCUGACGCGCAAGAUUGGGGCGGAGUUCGUCGGAACCUUUGUCCUGAUCUUUGCGGCGGCAGCAGGGCCCAUCGUGAACCAAAAGUACAACGGGGCGGAAUCGCUCAUCGGAAACGCGGCGUGUGCCGGACUGGCGGCAAUGGUCAUAAUUUUAUCAACGGGGCACAUCUCAGGAGCUCACCUGAAUCCUUCCCUGACUAUCGCAUUUGCGGCCUUCCGUCACUUCCCGUGGACGCAUGUUCCUGCUUACAUAGCAGCUCAGGUUGGUGCUUCCAUUUGUGCUGGCUUCGCGCUGAAGGGGAUUUUCCAUCCUUUUAUGUCCGGCGGCGUCACUGUUCCCUCAGUCCACAAUGGCCAGGCGUUUGCACUUGAGUUCAUUAUCACUUUUAAUCUAAUGUUUGUUGUCACCGCCGUUGCUACUGAUACUCGAGCAGUUGGAGAGUUGGCGGGCAUAGCUGUUGGAGCUACGGUGCUGCUUAACAUUCUUAUCUCAGGGCCAGCAAGUGGUGGUUCAAUGAAUCCGGUUCGAACUAUAGGACCAGCAGUAGCAGCAGGAAACUACAGAGCAAUAUGGGUAUUCCUUAUAGCUCCCACGCUGGGAGCCCUAGCUGGUGCCGGCGUUUACACGCUGGUGAAGCUCCGGGAGGACGAGGUGGAAGCGCCACGGCAAGUCAGGAGCCUCCGACGCUAAUCAACAAAGUUUGCUUCAUGUUGUCCCUUUUCAAACAAACUGCUAAGCAACAUUAAUUUCAUGUGUGAAAAAUUGUCUAUAUAUUUACAGCUGAAAAACAAAUGUAUAGGAGUGGUGUUUAUAAUUGUGCAGGGGUGGUGACAUGAUAGCUCUUGGAAAAUGAGUGUGAAUGAAAACAAGAGGGAGCCGCAUGAGGGGGGGGGGGGGGGUGUGAGUGGAUGGAUGUGACAUUAAGUCUCAGGCCUACAGUUUGGGUUGAAUAAUGUUAGGCUUGGUGGGAUGGAUGUGACAUUAAGUCUCAGGCCUACAGUUUGGGUUGAAUAAUGUUAGGCUUGGUGGGGUUUGCUUAUUGGCUUACCUUUUCUGAUUGUGUCUCUUUUGUUUUGACUUGUGGGAUGCUUUCUUCUCUCGGAUACGUUUCAUACAGCUUGUAAGAAUUAACUAAAGGGUGUUCGUAUUG